AAGUUUUGCCUGUGGAAAUACUGCCGGAACAAUCGAGACACGAUUUGAUUAGGCUGCACAUUUCAGACUAAUCGAAUAAAUUAGACGCUUUUCCUGACGUCCGAUACAACAUUGAUCACACUGAAUAGUAGUCUAUACACGACGGAUCAUCUACCAUCAAUAAUGAACCUGACAUUCAGUAAUCCAAUUGUUUCCUUUUUUUGGAAGUGCCUGCCCUUUUAGGCACGUAGAACUCGGCAUCACCGGUAGCGGGCAGCAUUGUUCCGAUCGUGCGAACGACCAGACCGGAAAACAACUAGCUAGCUACUAGCUAGGCAGAGCGGAGCGGAGGCAGGCUGAGGAAAGAUGGCAGCCGCGGCAGUGGCUGAGUUUCAGAGAGCACAGUCUCUCCUUGGAACAGACCGGAAUGCCUCUAUCGAUAUCUUACAUUCUAUAGUGAAGCGGGACAUCCAGGAGAGCGAUGAGGAGGCGGUGCGUGUUAAAGAGCAGAGCAUCCUGGAGCUGGGUCGGCUGCUGGCCAAGACGGGACAGGCCGCAGAGCUAGGGGGCCUGCUGAAAUACGUCCGCCCCUUCCUCAACUCCAUCUCCAAGGCCAAGGCAGCCCGGCUGGUCCGCUCCCUGCUGGACAUGUUCCUGGAUAUGGAAGCUGCGACAGGUCAGGAGGUAGAGCUCUGCCUGGAGUGCAUAGAGUGGGCCAAGGCUGAGAAGAGAACCUUCCUCAGGCAGGCGCUAGAGGCUCGCCUCAUCUCACUGUAUUUCGACACAAAAUGCUACCAGGAGGCACUACAACUGGGCACCCAGCUGCUGCACGAGCUGAAGAAGAUGGACGACAAGGCCCUGCUGGUGGAGGUGCAGCUGCUGGAGAGCAAGACGUACCACGGGCUCAGCAACCUGGCCAAGGCGCGCGCCGCCCUCACCUCUGCCAGGACCACCGCCAACGCCAUCUACUGCCCGCCGAAACUACAAGCGGCUCUAGACAUGCAGUCAGGAAUCACCCACGCAGCAGAGGAGAAAGACUGGAAGACGGCGUACUCCUACUUCUACGAGGCCUUUGAGGGCUACGACUCCAUCGACAGCCCCCGGGCCAUCACAGCCCUCAAAUACAUGCUGCUCUGCAAAAUCAUGCUCAAUUUGCCAGAGGACGUCCAGGCCCUCAUCAGUGGCAAGCUAGCUCUGCGGUACGCAGGCAGACAGACAGACUCCCUGAAAUGUGUGGCACAAGCCAGCAAGAACCGGUCGCUGGCCGACUUUGAAAAGGCACUAACAGAGUACAAAGCAGAGCUGAGGGAUGACCCCAUCAUCAGCACCCAUCUGACCAAACUGUAUGACAACCUGCUGGAGCAGAACCUCAUCAGGGUCAUCGAGCCCUUCUCCAGGGUCCAGAUAGCACACAUUUCCUCCCUCAUCAAACUAUCCAAGAUUGUGUCUGCUUUGCAGGGAGACGUGGAGAGGAAGUUGUCGCAGAUGAUCCUGGACGAGAAGUUUCACGGUAUUUUGGACCAAGGUGAAGGAGUGCUGAUUGUCUUCGAGGAGCCGGUGGUGGACAAGACAUACGAGGCGGCCCUGGAGACCAUUCAGAACAUGAGCAAAGUGGUGGACGCGCUCUACAACAAAGCCAAGAAGCUAACAUAAGAGAGAGGGAAACCAUCGCUCCUCCUGUCAGGAGCGACGUGGGCCAGUCACACCUCCCCGCGUUGUUCACUCACUUCAACCUGGGAGGGAGGGAGGACGACGACAAGGACGAGUACACCCAACCGCGAGCCGACCAACCAGCGGACCAACUACAGACGGCGGCCCUCCCUCCCUCCCUCCCUCCCUCCUCUGCUCUCCCUCCUUUCCCUCUGGCCACCGCUGGUUUCUACUGUAAGUAAAAUUGGACAAGCCUCCCGUUCCCCCCCAUUCCCUCCGGUUCUCUCUGCGCUGGGGAAUCAGGGAAUCUUGUAAAAUAUCAAUAAAGAAUACAUAUACAGUACUUAUACAUACAUGUAUUAUAUUUAAAAAAAAAAAAAAAAAAAGAAGAAGAAAAGAAAAUGGACAAAAUGCUCUGUCUGUCCUCAGAGUGUAACACAGUUAACGAGCUCACCUGAAGAAUGGUUUUGGAAAACGGCGGCCAUCAGAACAACGUACAUACUCUGACCUU